AUGUACACUGCAACUCGCAACUCGCGCCUUCACGUGCCUGUCCUCGUCCUCUCGUCCUCCCAGCCAGACAGCCACCCACGGCCGGUGCGCAAAUGGGCUUGCUGGGCCGGCUGCUCGGGCUAUCCCACUCAGACCAGCCUUGCUACCCUCAGGGGUCUGGCGCCGAUGACCCUGACCCUCGACCCUCGACAGGUCCUUGACCCGCAUGUCCCGGCCCUCAAUUGA